UACUGGCAGACAAGUGGGAGAGAAACGUCAGAAGAGAAAUUACGGAAGUUCAGCUGAGCUGAAGGAUAGAAGAGUAGGGAAAACAGGUUGAAAAUGAGUUACAACACGCAUCUCACGGAGGAAUGCCCGUUAACCAAGGAGAAGAAUUACAAGUACAAACUAUGCAACUACUGCGGCAAUGGAUUACAGUUAAUUAUUGCCUGCUUCGUUGUGUUAACCAUUGGCAUUACCACUAUGCUGGUGUUGCAGAUUCUUUAUACCGAAGAUAUACCGCAGAGUAGACUUCAUGGUAUCCAUGGAGCAGUUGCUACCGAUUAUUCAAAUUGCUCUCAAAUCGGCACUAAGAUACUGAGAAAAUUGGGCAACGCAGUGGACGCUGCAGUGGCCGCGACUAUUUGCAUGACCGUAGUAGCACCUCACAAAACCGGCCUUGGCGGAGGUGGUUAUAUGAUGAUACACAAAAAUCACACCCAUCCAAUUAUUAUCGAUUUUGCAAGUAAUACAACUGAAGGCUUCUUCGCGAGAGCUGAGAUUCGUCUGCCAGCCCUACUACGGGGAUUAGAAUUCGCUCAAAGAUCACACGGCAUCUUGCCAUGGCGCGACAUCGUAGAACCUUCCGCCAAGUUAGCGCGGGAAGGAUUCGUCGUAUCCAAAGAUUUUGCGGACGAAGUCUCGAAAAAUACGGAUUACGGAACGCUUUAUGGCCCUUUGAAUCCGGGUGACACGUUGCAAUUACAGGAACUCGCGAACACGUUAGACAUUAUAGCGGAGCAUGGCGCAGGAGCAUUGUACAAUGGCACUUUGUCGUACAAGAUUCUGCGCAACGAUAUCCUAAGCGGGAAUUUACUGCAGCAGUUGGCAAGUUACGGGCCUACCGUUGUAGCUGCGGAAAGCUCGACGUUGCAUCAUCAUGUGAUUUACUAUCCGUCUCACGCAAGCUCUAUACGAUCGGUGGUCGAGGCAUUGGAGGACCUGCCGAUUUUUGCGGGAAAUGCGUCCACGAUUGAGUCGCAAGCUCUCGUUGCUCAGACAUUGACGCAAUUGCAUUUGUUGUUCUCGCAAAAUACCCAACACGUCAAGAGAGAAACAUACACCGGAGUGAUGGCGAUGGACUGGCAAGAUGCGUACGUCUGCGUCCUAUCCGGUUUAGGUUCACCUUUGGGGCUCGGAAAUAUGACAGCCGCUGGGUUUCUGUUAGAUAAGAAUGUCGAUGACAACACUCUGUUGUCUACAUUCGUUCCUGUACUUUUCCACCAUGAGAAAGCGAGAUGCGGCUUACGUGGAGUAUUCGGCUCGGAUGACGCUUUUCUCAACGGGCAGAUCCUGUAUAAUCUUAUCGUGCGCAGCUUGAGCGUUUCUGCCGCGAUAGAAUAUCCCAGAUAUUAUUACGUUUCCGACGGUAUGGUAAUUGAGAAUAAUCAGAGACACUCGAUGGAGGCCGCUUUGCGGGUUCGAUUGCAGCCCCUGAUAUCGUCGUUGCCUACUGACAAUAAUUUACUCAUCAAGAGUGUAAAUGCGAUUAUCAAAAGGAAGGACUCACUCUCGAGUCACUCCGACAGUCGUGGAAAUGGAAUUGCGUCGCGAUUUUAAAUGUGUGUGAUGACCCAGAUACUGCACCUGAGAUCGAGAAUCUUGAUCGGAGACUGUGAUAUUAGAAGGUAACUCCAGCUG